CGCUCCAGAGAUGAAGGGCAAGGGCUCACGGGGAAUGCCCAAGAAGGCGAUGAUGCGACCGGGCGACAUGGUCAACACGGGCGCAAAGAAGCGGAUGAUGGCGCGCGACUUUCAGCAAAAGAAGGAGUGGGUUCGCGUGGCCAAGCUUGAGGACGAUUUGGCUGCCAAGGGAUCAACCAAGGCUGUUGAGGCGGGGCGGGCGCCGGGCGGGAUGGGCCCGACGGGAUUCCAGGAGGGGAGCAAGUACAUCUGGUCCUUGGUCCGCGGCGAGGGGUACUACGGCGAGGACGGGGAGGAGGAAGCGAAGGUGUUCGCCACGGACGGCGCGUGCCGCGCGUGCAAGUUCCCGCUCACGCGGGGCGUGUGGUCGGGUGCGCAAGCGGGCUGCGACGAGCAGACGCUGACCUGCCCCGCUUGCGGUACGCGCUACUCGCUCGAGUCGGGCGAGCCGCUCGACUUCCUGCCGGGAGACAACCCCGUCCACUGGCUCGCCAAGGUCGCAAACGAGAAGAAUGGACCGCAGCGACUCGCCGUCUUGCCGACGCGUGUGAGCAAAUCGGGCGCCGUCUACGUCCGCUUGCCCGAAAACACGAUCAUCGACUGAGCGACGCGCGCGCGUGUUUGGGCCGUCUCAGCCUCGUUGCCGCCCCCUCUCAUGACACCAGUGUUCCGUGUCUUUGCGCUCUGUGAGUUUUUGCUCUGUCGUCUGUGCACUGUGGGGGCCACACACCCGAGUCACACGCGACAUGACACAUCUUGUUGAAUCUUGAGAGAACAUAUCGUAAUCGAA